AUGUGUCUCUGUGACAUCCACUGCGAGUGUCCAAAUGUGUACACCCUGGACUCGGCGUGUGACUGUCUCCUGAGGGCCAAGAACGGAGAGUGUGAGUCGAACCAGAUCUACCUUAACAACAUCUGUAAAACCACGUGUGACACCAGAUUGACAACGUCCUGCCCUACACUCCCCGCACCCAUCGACGCUAACGCCGGCCUGUCUACCACGGAGUUGUGGUACCUAACGGCAGUUGACGAGGUGUGUAACCCUGGAUACGAGUCGGUGGUUCCGGCCAACAAGGGCAGAAAGCUGUGCGGGAAAGAAGGUUCCUGGAUCGUUGAUCAGUUCUUUGAUACCAGAGUCUCAUGUCAGCGCGUGGACUGUGGCGACCCCCCGGCCAUCCAGCAUGGGACGACGAUGCAUACCUCCACACUGUACGAGUCUGUAGUCACAUAUACCUGUGACUUGGGAUACAAGGGAUCAGCUGGACACCUGGUACGCACCUGUAACGAGUCGGCUUUGUGGAAUGGCUCCCUGCCUGUUUGUGAAGUUAUCAGAUGUCCUGGGCCUCCUGUGGUGUCACAUGCAUCCAGGAUUGGCAGCAGCAACGUCUACAACACAACCAUAGAGUACAGCUGCAACAUCGGCUACAACCACACCGACGGUGAUCUACAAAGACGUUGUCAACUGAGCGGGCAGUGGAGUGGCAGUCAUCCUGUCUGCACCAUUAUCUACUGCCCUGUUCCGGUCUUUGUGACACACGCUACGCUGAGCCACACGACGACCCACUACCUGUCACGUGCCUCAUACCACUGUCUGAUUGGCUACAACCACACGUCAGGUGACCUGUCACGUGUCUGUCUGGAAACCCAAUUAUGGAGCGGUGACGAACCGGUUUGCACAAUCAUCUCGUGUGGGGAGCCGCCCAUUGUUGGCGGGGCAAAGUCUAACGCCACCGGCUUCAACUACACCGACAUCGUCACAUACGAGUGCUACCUCCAGGAGGACGAAAACAACAUCAUCAAAUGGGACAGGGUGUGCGAGGCUGCAGGCUUGUGGACAGGACAGGAGGGCAAAUGUGCAGCCAUGCGGAGGAAGUUUGAAGCCACACCAGUGGAGGCAAAGGGAUCUCUGGCAUUCGGGACUGUGGCAAUGUCCAUCCUCAUCCUCAUCCUCGUUUGCAUCAUCAUCCUCGACAUCCCCACAGUCGUUCGCCAGUCCAAGUACCUCAGGAGAAACGUCAGGAACUUUAAAAUCAUCGUCAGGACCAAAAUGAACUUCCUCCUCAACAAAAAACAGUGGGAUGGUAGCAGACGCUUGUCAAAGGUCGACACACAGUUCUGUACUGGGGAUAGGGAGUCCGUCAACAUGUCGUCGAUGUCACUGCAGAGUAUAGAUGGAGAAGAGGAAGAUGGCCUGAGGACGCACUCGGCAGCAUCAAGAUCUAGUCGGGAAAUCUGGUCAUGCCAGACCUCCAUUUUGUCCUUGUCGCCAGAUGAUUAUCCUGCUGUUGCCCCAGAAUGUACAAAUCUCAGUGGACCGAAUCUGACGACUGACAUUUUUCAAAAUGAAGAUGUUCUGUGUGACGGACCUGGGAUGCUGGUUACUGCUGAUGUGGAAGUACAUCACCUGGACUAACCCUGGAGGAAUGUCCCCCUCAGGUCGAUGCUUUCGACUACAGUGGCUACUGUAUUAGAACACCAUAUUUGGGAUGUUGGAACUGUUGCCUUGCAACGACUACUGUGUUCUAAAGUACGUACCUGUAUCACGGGUACUGUGUUCUAAAGUACCGUACUGUUAUACUAACCUGUGUCACGGGUACUGUGUUCUAAAGUACCGUACUCUGAUACAUACCUGUAUCACGGGUACUGUGUACCUGUGUCACGGAUACUCUGUUCUAAAGUACCAAACCGUCAUAUAUACAUGUGUCACAGAUACUGUGUUCUAAAGUAGCGUUCUGUCAUACAUACCUUUGUCACGCCUACUCCGUUCUAAAGUAGCGUUUUGUCAUACAUACCUGUGUCACGUGUACUGUGUUCUAAAGUAGCGUUUUGUCAUACAUACCUGUGCCACGCGUACUGUGUUCUAAAGUAGCGUUCUGUCAUACAUACCUGUGUCACGUGUACUGUGUUCUAAAGUAGCGUUCUGUCAUACAUACCUGUGUCACGCCUACUCCGUUCUAAAGUAGCGUUCUGUCAUACAUACCUGUGUCACGCCUACUCCGUUCUAAAGUAGCGUUCUGUCAUAUAUACCUGUGCCACGCGUGCUCCGUUCUAAAGUAGCGUUCUGUCAUACAUACCUUUGUCACGCCUACUCCGUUCUAAAGUAGCGUUCUGUCAUACAUACCUGUGUCACGUGUACUGUGUUCUAAAGUAGCGUUUUGUCAUACAUACCUGUGCCACGCGUACUGUGUUCUAAAGUAGCGUUCUGUCAUACAUACCUGUGUCACGCCUACUCCGUUCUAAAGUAGCGUUCUGUCAUACAUACCUGUGUCACGCCUACUCCGUUCUAAAGUAGCGUUCUGGCAUAUAUACCUGUGCCACGCGUGCUCCGUUCUAAAGUAGCGUUCUGUCAUACAUACCUGUGUCACGCGUACUCCGUUCUAAAGUAGCGUUCUGUCAUAUAUACCUGUGCCACGCGUACUCCGUUCUAAAGUAGCGUUCUGUCAUACAUACCUGUGUCACGGGUACUGUGUUCUAAAGUAGCGUUCUGUCAUACAUACCUGUGCCACGCGUACUCCGUUCUAAAGUAGCGUUCUGUCAUAUAUACCUGUGUCACGUGUACUGUGUUCUAAAGUAGCGUUCUGUCAUACAUACCUGUGUCACGCCUACUCCGUUCUAAAGUAGCGUUCUGUCAUACAUACCUGUGUCACGGGUACUGUGUUCUAAAGUAGCGUUCUGUCAUACAUACCUGUGCCACGCGAAGUCCUUUCUAAAGUAGCGUUCUGUCAUAUAUACAUGUGUCACGGGUACUGUGUUCUAAAGAAGCGUUCUGUCAUACAUACCUGUGUCACGCCUACUCCGUUCUAAAGUAGCGUUCUGUCAUACAUACCUGUGCCACGCGUGCUCCGUUCUAAAGUAGCGUUCUGUCAUACACACCUGUGCCACGCGUACUCCGUUCUAAAGUAGCGUUCUGUCAUAUAUACCUGUGUCACGCCUACUCCGUUCUAAAGUAGCGUUCUGUCAUACACACCUGUGCCACGCGUACUCCGUUCUAAAGUAGCGUUCUGUCAUAUAUACCUGUGUCACGCCUACUCCGUUCUAAAGUAGCGUUCUGUCAUACACACCUGUGCCACGCGUACUCCGUUCUAAAGUAGCGUUCUGUCAUAUAUACCUGUGUCACGCCUACUCCGUUCUAAAGUAGCGUUCUGUCAUACAUACCUGUGUCACGUGUACUGUGUUCUAAAGUAGCGUUCUGUCAUACAUACCUGUGUCACGCCUACUCCGUUCUAAAGUAGCGUUCUGUCAUACAUACCUGUGUCACGUGUACUGUGUUCUAAAGUAGCGUUCUGUCAUACAUACCUGUGUCACGCCUACACCGUUCUAAAGUAGCGUUCUGUCAUAUAUACCUGUGUCACGUGUACUCUGUUCUAAAGUAGCGUUCUGUCAUAUAUACAUGUGUCACGUGUACUCUGUUCUAAAGUAGCGUUCUGUCAUACAUACCUGUGUCACGCCUACUCCGUUCUAAAGUAGCGUUCUGUCAUAUAUACCUGUGUCACGUGUACUCUGUUCUAAAGUAGCGUUCUGUCAUAUAUACCUGUGUCACGUGUACUCUGUUCUAAAGUAGCGUUCUGUCAUAUAUACCUGUGUCACGCCUACUCCGUUCUAAAGUAGCGUUCUGUCAUACAUACCUGUGUCACGCCUACUCCGUUCUAAAGUAGCGUUCUGUCAUAUAUACCUGUGUCACGUGUACUCUGUUCUAAAGUAGCGUUCUGUCAUAUAUACCUGUGUCACGUGUACUGUGUUCUAAAGUAGCGUUCUGUCAUAUAUACCUGUGUCACGUGUACUCUGUUCUAAAGUAGCGUUCUGUCAUAUAUACCUGUGUCACGCCUACUCCGUUCUAAAGUAGCGUUCUGUCAUAUAUACCUGUGUCACGUGUACUCUGUUCUAAAGUAGCGUUCUGUCAUAUAUACCUGUGUCACGUGUACUGUGUUCUAAAGUAGCGUUCUGUCAUAUAUACCUGUGUCACGUGUACUCUGUUCUAAAGUAGCGUUCUGUCAUAUAUACCUGUGUCACGGGUACUCUGUUCUGAAGUAGCGUUCUGUCAUAUAUACCUGUGUCACGGGUACUCUGUUCUGAAGUAGCGUUCUGUCAUAUCGACCUGGUGUACGUGUAUACGCAUCCUUCAUUGGAUCCGAACUGAUGAACGCCCCUAUAUAAAUAUGUAUCUGGUUCUGAACCUUUGGAAAUAUGUUUUUUGACAAUACUUCAUUUGAAGUUUCCGAUAUUCUAUUUAUAUUCAAUUUACAUCAUACACAUAAUUUCAGGAUUAUCUGUUGAUUGUGAUAUUUUGUUGCUAACAUGUAAAUAAACCUUAAAAAGUG